AUGUCGCCUGCGAACUCUUCAGCACUGUCUGAUCUCUCUCGCUCACCAUCCCCGGUGAACCAUAAUCCCCACACACCACAUGUGCCAGAGCUGUCUGUCAGACCGCCGCCAUCAACCCAGGGCCCUUCCAGCGCGCCUGCCGGCCAAUCCCCCCUCACGCUCGCUCGCAGGGGAAGUCACGAAUCUGACAUGUCGAUUCACUCUGACGGAUCGUCCUCGCUCACGAACCUCUCUGACGAGCAGCCUGAACCUGACGCGGACGAAAACAGCGAAAACGAGAUUGACCCCGAGCGCGAUGGUGACGCCGACGCGAAAAAUGCGCCCACACCCGAGCCCGUCGGGAACACCCCAAAGCGCUCCGUUAUUCCAGAUCCGAUGUGGGCAUGGGCGGCCAAGAAGUCCAAGUCGAAAUCCAAAUCGAAAUCGAAAGACACGAGCGAAGAUGAAGCUGAUGCUCCCCAAGAGCUUGAAAGCGGUGAUCUCGCCGAAUCAGAUGCUUCCGACCAUCGCGACAAGGACGAUGAUGAACCCUCUGUGAACGGAGCAUUGGCCGUGGACGUGAAGGUUCAUACUCGCACUGGCACCGUUUCCAGCCGCGCUCGUGCUAAUGGCAUGACAAAGGAGCUGGCUAAACUGAAGGCGGAGGACAGUACUGGGACGAAUGCUACCCCUACCAAGUCACUAUCGCUUUCCCCUAUCUCCGAUGCCGACUCACCAAAGGAUGAAGAUGCGAAACCUGAAGAGGAUGCCGAGGUUCAGAAUGAUGAAGAGCCCGAACCUGCUGAACAGGAGGCAGUGGCCCCUGUUGUCAUCGUUGAAGCAUUCGAUCGUCUGGAAGGGAUGGUGACUCUUACCGCGCUUGAAGUUGCUUUGGCCAUGACGCGCGACUAUUUGUAUAACACCAAGAUGCAGCAAUAUGCUAUGGAGGAAGAAGCGCUGAAUGCUGGAACCCAUCCCGAGCUAAUACACCAAUGCGAGGAGCUGCAGAUCAGGAAAGAAGCACGAGUAGCCAUUGCUGAGAAGAAGUAUCAAGCUGCUGUUGCUCGCAUCAAACGAAAGCGGCAGGAAGACGCACAUCUUGUUAUGAACACUUGGAGAUACGAGAGAGAUGAGCUCCUACGUACAAUGUCGGAUUCAUAUGUAUCCGAAAAGCGUGCAUUGGAACGAGAGAAGGCGAAUCUAGAGCGAUAUUCUUCCCCUCGGCCUGUCACCCCCCCUAUGCCUACCGAGUUUGUGGAGGAGCCGCCCAGAAAGCGCGUCAAGGUUGAGAAACUUGUGGGAUCAGUCACUGCGAAGAACGUUCGAAAGAACAUCCAGUCUGCGCUGACCUAUCCAAGCGUGGACAGCGUGUCCGGUGACGAUCUAGAGUCUGACCUGAUUGCAAUGGGUAUCCGAAGAAAGCCAGCAGAUCCUGCACUUGGUCUUCUCCCGCCCAUGGCAAGUGGACAGAGAGACCUUUUACCUGUCAUGCCCCAGCCGCAAGGCGACUAUCAGCAAAUCCUGCAGCCGAUACAUCAGCAAUAUGCGCACCAGGCUCCUUUGCACAUCCAUCAUCUCCAUCCCCCGUUCCCCCACACACAUCAGAGCCACUCGUCGCAUCUGCCUCCGCCAUCUGGUCAAGUCAUUUCACACCAUGGAUCAGGGUCUUUCCCGCCGUGGGCUCCUGAGCCUCAAUCUGCCUACCCAUCACAGCAACAUCAUCAUCAUGUCCAACACAACCAUCCUCCGUCGCACUCACAAGCUCUUUCUGGCCUCCCACCUCAUCUACAGACGCAAGGCCCUUCACAUUCCCCGACUGGUCACAGGAUGAACUACCUGCCCUCCCAGCCUACUACUCACACCGUUCUGCAGUCUGCUGAACGACCGCCUUCAUCGAACAUGCACAUUUCCUCCAAUGCACAACCUUUCACCGCUGGACCAUUACCGCCAAACACUUGGAAUGAGAUUCGCAAAGACAGGGAGCUGCCAAUGCCAGGCCCAUCCAACCACAGGCAUGGCAGGAGGUCUAGCCCAUUACCCCCUCAUCCGUUGCAAGCACCGCAGAGGGAUCAGUCGAUGUUUCCACCACAAGGGCCACCGGGCAUGCACAACCAUCCUCCCCCUGGAGGCCCUCCAUCUUCUCACUUGUCAUCUCUUUCGUCGCAUUCCGGCCCGCCUCCGCCUUCUUUGGAUCAGCGUCGAUCCGCAGAACAUCGAGCAUCAAAGAGUGGAUCGUCGAAACGGAAAGUGGAGGAUGAAGUGGAAAUGCGGCGAGAUGUGAAACGGCCCGAAAUGAACCCCCCGCCUAGCUUUAAUAAUCGGUCUGUCAAUAUCUCUCCACAAGAUCAGCGCAGAGACCCGGGCCGCUCGGCACCUCCAAUGGCACCGACCUAUCAACAGAAUACCGCCAACAUCCUGAAAGAGAGGAGUCAGCCUUGGGAUCAACCCCCUCCACCUCAAGUUCCUACUACGAAUCGGGUCUCCAGACAAGGUCCCCCGGCAGGACCUCCUGUGGGACCCAUUUCUCACAAUAGUCUCCCGCCGCCACCGCAGAAUCGACAAUACAGUUCUUCGUCGCAGAUGUACCCGGUUGAUUAUGGUCGGUCACAGCCACAUAAAUCGUCCACGCUCCCAAGCGCAAUGUUCCCCUCUCAUCCCACACCGUCUAAUCAACCCAUGCAUAGGCCACCUUCAAUGAUGGGCUCAGUUGGGCGCCCACCUUCCCCCCCGCCAGCUAUGCGCAAUCCCAGCAUAACCCCACCACAUCAGUCCAUCUCCCACAGUUCUUCCAAUGCCCCAGGCUCCAGGUCGCCUGGCAAGCCAACUUACGGGCCGCCCCCUCCACCGCUCAAUGCACCUGGACUGCCCUCGCAACCACCUAGUUCAACGUCAAGCAACCAUCUGCGCUCUUCUGGCAGUGAUUCUCAUAGGAGCGGUAUCCCUGUGUCGUCACCGGCGAGCACGGCUCGGGUCUAUAGCUUACCCAAGCCAUCCGGUGUAUCAUCAAGCUUGUCCACGAUGGGUCCACCACUGCCUCCCCUAAACUCGAUGAACGAUGUGGCUAAGACGGAGCGUCCUCCGCCGUCCUCUCACAGUGGUCCAAUGCCUCCUUCGGUACCAGUUCCAGUACCUCCCCCGACUCAGCUGCCCCCAGUGCAGAAAUACGGUCAUGGCUUAGCCAGCAAACUAUUUGGAAGCUCAGGAAUAACGGGUGGGGGCGCGCCUACCGGGGGACGUUCUGCUAGUGGUUGA